AUGGAAGCCAACAAGGAAGAUGCGCUCAAGGCUCUGGCGGUUGCAAGGAGGAAGUGGGAAGCUGGCGACGCAGCUGGUGCCCUGAAGUUCGUAAACAAGUCAUUAGCCAUGUGCAGCACCCCAGAAGGUCAAGCCUUCCUCAAGACAGUACAAACAGGCUCCCCACCAAGCCCAUCAGAAGGGACAUCAUCGAGUUCGACAUCCUCGGCACAGCCAUCAGCAGGAACGACAUCGAGUCGGCCACGACCCUCGGCGAAUCAUUCACAUGGUCCGGAACAGAGAGAGUUCACCUCUGAGCAGGAAGCUGCGGUACGAAGAGUACGACGGUGUAAAGCAACCGCAUACUACGAAAUCUUGGAUAUCAAAAAAGAAGCUACAGAUGGAGAAGUCAAGAAAGCAUACAGGAAGCUGGCGUUGCAAAUGCAUCCGGAUAAGAACGGAGCACCAGGUGCAGACGAAGCAUUCAAAAUGAUCUCGAAAGCCUUCCAAGUCCUUUCUGACUCGGAUAAACGAACCAUGUAUGACCGCGUCGGCGGCGAUCCAGAAUCGCGUAUGCCUGCUGGCGGAGGCGGAGGCGGCUUCAACGGCUUCGGAGGCCGACCCGGCGCAGCAAAUAUGUUUGGUGAAGAAAUCGACCCGAACGAUAUCUUCAACAUGUUCUUCGGACAAGGCGGAUUCGGUGGUGGCGGGUUCGGCGGUGGAUUCGGGCCUGGUGUCGCGUUUGGGGGAGGGCCGGGAAUCAGGAUGCAUCAGUUUGGCGGAAACGGGUUUGGCGGCGGAUUUGGUGGCCCCAGGGUGCGGACCCAGGGUGCGAGACGGGCGGGGAGGGAGCAGCAGGAGCAGAAGAGUUUGGUGCAGCAGUUGAUUCAGCUGUUGCCUCUCAUCGUCCUCUUCAUCAUCCCCCUCCUCUCAUCGCUCUUCGGAGAUAGUACCGCAGCUUCCACACCAACCUGGGGCUUCCAAAAACAACCUCCAAUGACCGAAAUGCGCACGACCCCCAAAUACAACAUCAAUUACUUUGUCGACCCUAAAAAAGUCGACGGCUGGUCACGUUCGAAGUUUUCGAAGUUGGGGAAUGAGGUUGAGGUUACGUAUGUGAGGGGACUUCAGGAUGCGUGUUCGAGGGAGCAUGAGGUUAAGACGAGGGAGAUGAAUGAUGCGUAUGGGUUUUGGGGGAUUAGGCCUGAUACAGAGAAGUAUGAGGCGGCGAAGUCGAAGCCUAUGCCGGCUUGUGAGAGGCUGCAGGAGAUGGGGUAUAGGAUCUCUAAUCAGUACUACUAA